AUGAAUUUGGAGCCUGGUGGGAGGAUUUCCCUCUUGAAAAUCUGUUCAAUAGCUUUACAUUCUUCAUCAGUAAGUAGUAAAGAGGCGUGGGAGAACAAAGUGAAGGUUUAUAGAAGUUUUGGCUUGUCUGAUGCUGAGGUUCAAUCAGCAUUUAGAGCACAUCCACUUUGUAUGAUGUUGUCUGAAGAGAAAAUUUCACAGGGAAUGGAUUUCUUUGUAAAUGAGAUGGGGUGGUCGCCUGCCAUUGUUGCGCGAUGGCUUACUGCUCUGUUUUAUCACUUGGAGAAGAGGAUCAUCCCGAGAUGCCGAGUUAUUAAGGGUUUAGUGGAGGUUGAAGGUUUCGGUUCUACUUUACUCUCGCCUGAAUUGAGAAGAACAGUUCUGUGUGCAAUUGACAGUCGACAGAAUCACUUAAAAGUGAUAUUCUUGGAAAAUCGGCAUCAGGAUGAUUCAAAUUUGUUCAAUUCACUGUUUAAAUCUAGCUGCAGACUUUUCUCAUCUGUUAGUUCGAAAGAUUUUCCUGUUGUUUUGUCUCGGGAAACUAGUGUUGGGAAACAUUCUGUGAAAAAAGUGGAACAGGUAAAGACCCUAUUCAGGAAUUAUGGAUUUGACGAAUCCCAUAUUUCGCAUAUUGCUAGGAUACAACCUAAGGUGUUUUUGUACAAUCCCCAGAAUACCCUUUUGCCCAAACUCGAUUUCUUGCGCUCAAUAGGUGUUUCGAAUGCUGACAUUCCAAAAGUCAUUAUGCGAAACCCGGCCCUUAUGGGGAGAAGUCUUGAAAAGCAGAUUUGGCCUUGUUAUAAUUUUCUGAAAAGUUUGCCCCUUUCGGGGAAAGAAGUUGUUAUGAUGGUGAAUAGAAAUUCUAGAAUCCUUGCAACUAAUGUGGAGAAAAUUGCUGGUAAUGUGCAGGCAAUGCAACAAGUGGGGGUGCCCCCACGCUCUAUCUCGUAUUUUAUAAGCCGGUUUCCUGCUUCAGUGCAGCGGGAUAAUGAAAAAUUUAGGAAGAGCUUGGAUGAGGUGAUAAGUAUGGGGUUUAACCCUUUGAGGUUGAUGUUUAUUUUAGCAGUUCGAGUGCGGUGCGAAACCACUAAACCGACGUGGGAUUACAAAGUCAAGGUGUUUAAGAGGUUCGGCUUGUCAGGUGAAGCAGUUAUGUCAGCAUUUAGAUUGCAUCCUGGUUGUAUGAACGUGUCUGAGGAGAAAGUGUUAAGGGUGAUGGAUUUCUUUAUAAAUAAAAUGAAAUGGGAACCUAUAGUUGUUAUCCGAUCUCCAGCAGUUCUUCUUUAUAAUCUGGAGAAGAGGAUCAUCCCCAGGUGUAAUGUGAUUACUCUUUUGAUGCAAAAGGGCUUCUUGAAGGAAAAUUUUCCUUUAAUGUCUUUCUUGAAGUAUAGUGAAGUGGAUUUCUUGAAUAAAUUUGUGUACAACUAUAAGGACGAUUUGACUCAAUUGGUGGAUGUAUAUCGUCAAGGGAUGGCUUUGUAG